AUGUUCUGGAACUCAACAAAAAAUAUACCUGAUGUCUUACUUUUGGAAACAAAGGAUCUUCAACAUUGUAAUGCUGAUACAAUUAGUAAAGCUCUUUUUGAAUCUUGCACAAAAUAUAAUCUUAAUCUUUCACAAUGCUUUACUUUCCUUUCCAACAAUACAAAUUACAUGAGUGGUCAUACUGAAGUUUUAAAUAAUUUUGAAGAAAUGGCCUUUGGUAAACUUCCAAUAAGUACUGGAUUUUCAAAAACACAGCACCUAUUUAAUCUUCUUUAUUUGGCAUGGAUGUUACAUUAUGGUUAUGAUUACAGUGAUAGAGAUUCACCGCUAAAUAUGAGAGGUAAAAUAAUUAAAAGUCUUUAUAAAGAAUGGCUUGACUAUCAGCUAGAUAAAUACCAACAUCCUUUAUGA